AUGACGGCUUUCAUAUAUCGGCUCCCUCGGCUAGAGCCUCGAAACCUUGCUCUCGUCGGCACCUCAGUCGCAACAACUCUCGCUCUUGUCGCCAUAACCAGAUAUGCAUUCCACUCAGCACCUCCCAAGACAAUACCCAGUCCAAGAACGGCCGUACUAUUGAUAUUAAGCAAAGAAGAGCAAGAUGCGCUGCCGUACCCGCCCGAUGCCUUCCCAGGCGCUCGGGACGUAGCCAGUCCAUAUGGCAUAUUCCGUGCCUAUGAGUUCGGUCCCGAGCAAGGCCGGAAGGUCUUGCUAAUCCACGGCAUCAGCACCCCCUGCCUCUCUCUGGGCGGCAUUGCCAACGCCCUCGUGUCUAAAGGGUGCAGAGUCCUCCUGCUUGAUCUCUGGGGACGUGGUUACUCAGAUAGUGUGGACCUUCCCCACGAUUCACGGCUCUACACCUCACAGAUACUGCUUGCGAUCACAUCCUCCCCGCUAUCGUGGACACCGGAGGGGUUCAGCAUUAUCGGGUAUUCGUUGGGCGGAGGCAUUGCGGCUGAUUUCGCUUCUUCUUUCCCCAACCUGGUGAGAGGCUUAGUAUUGCUAGCACCGAGUGGGCUGAUUAGGAAGAACCAUUUUGGAUGGCAGAGCAGGUUGCUUUACUCUGGAUUGCUUCCUACUUCUCUGCUUGAGACUCUCAUUCGGCGACGGCUAGGAGGCGGGUCGAGUAAUGCAAGUAGUGUCAAGCAGGAUGAUUUGGAGAAAGCUGUUCAGGAGGAAAUGAAGGGCAAUAGUAGCCAGGGUUUUGAUAAUACGCCUUUGAAUAAAGACCAUCCUAGUAUUACAGUUGGUGGUGCAACGGAUUGGCAGCUGGCGAACCAUGAAGGGUUUGUGAGGAGUUUUGUAAGCUCUAUUAGGUUUGCCAGUAUUGAAUAUGUUCAAGGGAGAUGGAGAAAUCUUGGCAGGUUGAAGGAGAAGAUUAUAAUCAUGGCGGGCGAAACGGAUCCAAUUAUUAUUGCCGAUGAGUUGCACAAAGAUUCUAAAGAAGAAAUUGGAGCAGAGAAAGUGGAAUUCAAAGUUAUUAGAGGAGGUCAUGAAUUCCCAAUUGCACGACCAGACGAAGUGGUGGAAGAGAUUGUUAGAAUUUGGGGAAUAUAG